UUUGCAAAAUCGCUUCCUUCGUGUUACUAUUGUUUGUGAUGACUGUUUCGAAUUAAUUAAUUCACCUAACGUUAUUGUUGAUACGGCUGACUCAAUUUUGAGAAAUAUGAGGUCAGAUGAGACAGAGUUGUUGUAAAGGCACAGCAGGCGGUGGGAAAGAUGAGACGGGGAAAUUGAGAAUGUCUCAAAGUGGUGAAAGUGGCAGUCGUUUACAUUUGUAACAGAAUUUUUGUUAAUGAGUAAUAUGCAAUAUCUAUAUUAUGCGUGCCCUACCUAUAAUUAUGUUAAGGUUAAAAUAAAUGGAGGUAUAUAAAUAUAAGAUUAAUUCAACUGUCAAAAGACAAGAAUAUGGCAUAAUCGAUACUAGAAUAUUGACUAAACUCUCAUGAUCAGCUUUUUACAUAGUUCUUGACAAAUACAUACAAUGUAUUUAAAAUUCAACAAUCUGGCAUCUCGACCAUGAGUAUACCGUUUUGAUGCUAAAAGCUUCAAAUUCUAAGAACUUGUAGCAUUUGUAACUAAGGAGUAAAUUUUGGCUAUCCGAAGUGCAUACUACUAAUAAAGGUUUGGCAUGUGUCUGAAAAUUUAGAUUUCAUAAUAAGUCUUCGGUCGCAUUAAAUUCAGUACGCUAAAUAAAUUCACAUCCCUCAAAAUGGAUUUGAGAUUCAAUAUUAAAGACUUGGCGAAAAUGUUUGACGAGGUGGACCCUGAACGUCAAAAAAAUCAAGACGCUAAUAGUGACAGUGAUUCUGAAGAGCCCAAGUCCAAGUUGGGCAAUAAAGGUCCGGGUGACAUUGCAACCUCAAAACUGUCAAAAUCUGAUGCUAAUGCUAGCACAUCUGCAAAAGUGAUUCCUAAAACCAUGAAAAAUCUCAAAGAGAUUUGGGACUCCAACUCAUUGAAAACUGCAGUAAAUUGCAUCACUGAAGACAACGAAGACUUUGGCAUUGACAAUAUUUCCAUACAAAAUGAUCCUCGCAAGACACCCAAUUAUGAAACACACUAUCGUCAAUCUGUUACUACAGAAGAUGUCUUUCUUCAUAUGGGACACAAAACACCAGGGACUGCGAGUUGCGAAAACUUGGUGGUAGAAGUUCACCUUCCAGGAGAUAAUAUUCAACAGAUUCAAUUAAGCUUAAAGAAACAAGCGAUUGACUUACGGUCACCGAUUCACUUUUUGUAUCUCAAUCUCCCUCAUCGAAUUGACCCACGGGCUGGAAAUGCAAAGUGGGACAAUGAGAAAGAGAAACUCGUCAUUACUCUCCAUCUCGUUCGAGAAUUCGACGAAUAUAAUUUUUAGUGCAAUCAGUGCUCCUUUAUUGUUGUAGCGAAACGUAGCAUAUUAUUCUGUAGGUUGGUUGGUUUAACAGUCAAUAAAUACACAAAUUUUCAAAAUAAAUAUAACAAAUCUUUUGCUUAUAAAUAAAAAUAAUGGAAUAAAUUUACUAUGACGGGUUAUGUAAAACGGGUAAAGUUACAUGCGUGAAUUUCUUCUUUAUGUCAAGCCAAAACUCCAAAGGGGCUGCACAAACGUCACUUGUUGAAUCGUAUAAUGGGCUGGGCUAGCACCAAUGUGACCUCCGAAUCCCUGCAAUUUAAGCUUCGAAAAAUCUGAUGUGACGUGCUAAUUACACACAUGAAAAUAGAAUUUUGUAUCUUGAUUGGCACGUUGUAG